CUUCUGCCAGGAAAGAGCUACGAAGCGGUGUGGGCUUUUUCCUUUUUUUUUUUUUUUCCUUUUUCUUCCCUUUUUUUUCCUCCUUUUAAUUAGCCCUCCUCCGUUUGCACCCUUCUCCUACUGCACGCAGAACCUGCGAAUUUCGAAGAGGUGGUGACAGAGUGGGAGAAAAGAGGUGCUAGGGUUUAGAUUUAUUUUUCUUUUAUUUUUCUUUUUCUUUUUUUUUUUUUUUUUUUGCUUCUUUGCCUAGUUUCUUGAUUUUCUCCCACCCUCUCGGCUGCCGCCAGCUCCUCUUACCUGUUCCGCUGCAGCCGCGCGCCGCCCGCAGCUGGAGGUUAGAAAGGACUGGGGGUGUAUUUUAAAUUUUAAGCAAAAAAAAAAUUUUUAAGACCAAUCCAUUUUUCUCCUCCUCACCCCCCCCCCCCGAAUAACCCCUUCUGCACAGCCUUCGAACUCAUUAUUUCGGAGGUUGCUUUGGGGUUAGCGAUUUUGUGGCUCCCGCCCACCUCCCCUACAGCUCUGACCCGCUCGGGCUCCGGGCUUUUUCCACCCUCCGCCCACCCUGAGUGCACCUGGCGAGGCUCUCCCCCUCCCACCCUCCAAACCUGUUGCACGCCUUUAAUCCCUGCAACCGGGACUCGCUUGCAGCCGCCUCAACCCUCCACCCCCCGCUACAUUUUGCAAGUGUCUGGAGAAGGCACCUGCUCUACCUGCCAGACUUAAAAGAAAAAAUCUCCGGGCUCCCUCUUGGCCCCCUUAACUCCCUGCACUCUCGCUCUCCUGCCCCGCCCCGAGGGAAAGCGAGAGACUCGAAGAUGGUGCUCACCGCGGUCCUCUUGCUCCUGGCCGCCUGCGCUGGGCCGGCCCAGGGCCUGGGCUCCUUCGUGCACUGCGAGCCCUGCGACGAGAAAGCCCUGUCCAUGUGCCCCCCGAGCCCCCUGGGCUGCGAGCUGGUGAAGGAGCCGGGCUGCGGCUGCUGCAUGACUUGCGCCCUGGCCGAGGGGCAGUCUUGCGGCGUCUACACUGAGCGCUGCGCACAGGGACUGCGCUGCCUCCCGCGGCAAGACGAGGAGAAGCCGCUGCACGCCCUGCUGCACGGCCGCGGGGUUUGCCUCAACGAAAAGAGCUACCGCGAGCAAGUCAAGAUCGAGAGAGACUCCCGCGAGCAUGAGGAGCCCACCACCUCCGAGAUGGCCGAGGAGACCUACUCCCCCAAGGUCUUCCGGCCCAAGCACACUCGCAUCUCUGAGCUGAAGGCCGAGGCCGUGAAGAAGGACCGCAGGAAGAAGCUGACCCAGUCCAAGUUCGUGGGUGGAGCUGAGAACACUGCCCACCCCCGGAUUGUCUCCCCGCCUGAGAUGAGACAGGAAUCUGAGCAGGGCCCCUGCCGCAGACACAUGGAGGCAUCCCUGCAGGAGCUCAAAGCCAGCCCACGCAUGGUGCCCCGGGCCGUGUACCUGCCCAACUGUGACCGCAAAGGAUUCUACAAGAGAAAGCAGUGCAAGCCUUCCCGCGGCCGCAAACGUGGCAUCUGCUGGUGCGUGGACAAGUACGGGAUGAAGCUGCCAGGCAUGGAGUACGCGGACGGAGAUUUUCAGUGCCACGCCUUCGACAGCAGUAACGUUGAGUGAUGCGUCCCCUCCCCGUCCCCCCUCGCCCCCCCACCCCCAGCCCCGACUCCAGCCAGCGCCUCCCUCCACCCCAGGACGCCACUCCAUUCAUCUCAUUUAAGGGAAAAAGAAAUACACAUGUAUCUAUUUGAGGAAACUGAGGGCCUCGGAAUCUCUCGCAAGGGCUCGACUUUGAAUAUGGCAACAACGGAGACGCCAGAAGCUAAGGAGACCUCUCCUUGGGCAGGAUUUUCUUUUUGAGGCAGGUUGAACGAGCGGAGAGGGGCAAGAGGAAGAGAAGGGAGGAACGCGUCAGCGUAGGGCAGAGAAGAAGAGAGACAGAGUGACCAGAAGGCACGUGGGCAGGAAGGAGAAAAGGCCACUGGGCCAGGGCUGGGUGCAGGAGGUCGGGCAGCGAAAGGCGUGGCUUCGAUGGCGUUCUCCCCGUUCCGAUUGGUCGGGGAGAGAAAGGAAGACAAGAGAGGUCAUCGCCUCUCGCGGAUCAGUCUCCUCCUCCAGCCUGCAGACGUGGGCGGCCCGACCCCCGUGCCUCCUCCCCUCUAACCCCUAGGAGGAGUCUUCUCUCUCUCUCCCCCAGAUUCAUUUAAAAAAAAAAAAAAAAAAGCAUUCCAUUCCUCCGAAAAGUAAUCGAUUUCACCGCUGAGUGAUCUUAGGUAAACAGGUCUCCCUAAGCGAGAUCCGUGAGGCUGAAAUCCGUGUGCCCUUUGCACUGCCCCUGCAUUCAUGUAGAAGUCAGUUCACACCGGAUACAGGAAAGACCUGUUCUUCCAGGGUGACUAAAAAAACCUGCAGAGACCUGCUGGCUUCAGCCCCUCGUUGCAUUGGAUUCACAACUAGCACAGCACCCUCUGUGGAGGAGGAUGGACUGAAAACCAAGUGGGCUUGUAUCAUCUACAAGGCUCCAUAUAGUCAUAUAUAGGCAUGUAAAUCUAUCUCCUAUCUUUAUUUCGUUUCUUCCUUUUUUUUUUUCUUUUUGCAUUAAUUUUUCAAAGUAGUUCCAAUGGGGGCGUUGAGAAGCUUCCUCGUUCUGGGAAAACCAAGAAAAUCCGUAUUGUCCAAAUACAACCCAUAAUCGCAGUAUCCCUGCCCCUAGUCAGGGCUCCCCACAAGCAGCAAACCCAGGUCUGUCUGGGGCAUGGUGUUGAACAGCCAGGUAGAAGUCAGCCUUUGUUGCUGUUCCCUGGCUCAUCCCAUUCCAGUCUUCAGAACCUUGGGAAGCCAUCGUCUCUGAACCUCAGGACAUGGCACCAAAUGAGCCCAGCAGGUCCAUGUUGCAGCAUGAGUCCUGCCCUGGCCUUGUCCUUGCCUGGGGACAGAGCAUUUGAAAGGUCUCUCUCUCAGUCUCCCCACUGGCAGAAUAGGAGAGAGACUGACCGGAGAGAUGGCCAAGAGGGAGGUGGUGGGGAAGGCUGUGGGUGCAGAGCAACAGGAAGCUGAUUGUUGAGGCCAGAGUAGACGGCGUGGAGGGACAGAGAGGUGGCAGGAAGGGACACAGCCGAUAGAAAUUCCUGGGCAUCGCUAAUGCACAAGCCCACUGGGACUCAAAGAGAGAAGAGAAUGGCAGAGCAGGUUGUAAGAUAGGAGUGAGCUCAACUCAGGCCACAGAGCCAAGAAAGGCAAGGAUCUCAAGGCGGAUCCUGGACUCUAAAAGCUGCAUGGGAAUAAGGAUCAGCAGGAACUGGUCGGGAUUUUGAAGGGGCGAAACUUUGAGCUCAGACUGCCCACCCUCAGACCACCAUGAGCCACCUGAGGCCAAGGAAUCUUUCCUGCUCUUCAUUUGUUCUGGCCAAGCCUUGCUUCUUCCCUGAGGCAGAGGAUGGAAGAAGGGCCCAGGACAACCAGGGGCAGGUGCCUCAGACAGCCGGGUUCCGAUCCAAGAAAAACUCUCGUCCUCCACAUAUGGGUGGCCUUGGCACUGUGCUGGAAGGCUGAGCUGGCCCACCCCCCAAAGGAGGCUUGGCCACUGCCACAGAGGUUUCUUGCUGUGGAUGAAGCUCUCUCUUGAUGACGUGACCCAGAGGAAACCACCCUCCAACACCUAACUUGGGGCAAUGGACAAGGGACAGGGAAGAAGCAACUGCGUGAGAAACAUGUGGCUGCAGCAUGUGAGAGAUGUCUCCCCUAGCCUGGGCAGCUGGCUGGGGGCAAGAGAGGUGGUCCGGCUUUGCGAGACAAAGGGCCUGAUGGGAGCGACAGCGCCAAGACCUGACCUCCCACGUCAGUGCACCCUGCCGCUCUACACAGCUAUCCCCAAACCCCGACUCCGUGCUAUGUCGUUGGCCAGUAUCCUCAACCUUUGGCACCCUACUCCUCCUUCUGCCAUUCUUCUUUUGGAUCUUGAGCAGUCAUCCAGCUGGGGUCUGCUAAGUGGAUACUGGGGUGCCACACCCCUAAGAAGAGACUGAGCCAGGGACUGCCUCCUCCUCCCUCUCCCUGAUUCCCAAGAGGGGCUCCCUCCUUCCCCGCUGUCUGCUGACCUGACGUGGAAGGUCUCUGCCCCUUAGGCUGGCUCUCUGCUGGCAGCCGCAGGUAGGGAGAAGGGUUGAUUUAGCCCCCACAGCCUCUCCAGUCCUCAAGAGUUCACGCCUGCCAUCCCAAACCUGUGAGUCUCCCUGGCUCACACGGGUGUGUUGGCACAUCUGGCCAGCCCAAGAGGAAACUGGACCUGCAUGGACACAUGGAACUAAGCAUCCCGAAUGGGAAAACUGGCUGCACCCAAGGGAGAAGACUGUGGAAGGAAAUCACUGAGGGACGGUCACCCUCCACCCUGGGCAGGGUUUGGACGGUGCCAGCAGGCUAGGUCCUGAGCAGGGAUCUCCUGGGCUCCAGGCUGCUGUUGGCCAGCUCUCUGCUCACCCCACAGCCUUACACCCUCAGUUAUCGCAGCCCCAGGUCUGAGUGUGGCCCACCCCUGCCCCUGCUGACUCAAGCCUCACUCCAGCAGUGGAGAAGACGCCUCCGUCUUCCCUAGUACCACGAGGAAUGGACGGAGGCCUGGACAAGACGGCUCCUCCUUCCCCCAGCCUGCCCUGACCCACCUGGGCUGGCAAAGAUGGGCACCUGGGGAGGGGGAGACUCAAACACCUCUCUGACAGCCAGGCCUACACAGACAGGCCUGGGACACUCAGCCCUGACCCAGGGAUGGAAGGUGAGCACAGGAGGCCUUGUGUGGUCACCUUUCCCCCUCGCCCCAUCCUCCCAUCACUGCCUCGUGGUCUCCAUGGUAACCCCGAGGGGUUCACCUUCUCGGAGCGAGGUGGGUCUCAGCCACCCUCCUCCCCAGCUCACGCACAGUGACAGGGCUGCCACGGCUGCCACUGCACCCACCAAGCCCCCUCAAGGUGGGCCGGUUACCCCCUCCCUCUCCCCCUGCCACCUUUAUCCACAGACUCAGACCCAGAGAACUGCAGGCCAGAAUGGGACCUCCAGACAGGGAGGGCCAAGGAGACGCUGCCCACUGGUCUCAGAGAGGAAGUGCUGUUGCUUCCAGGAGAAAGGAGGCUGAGUUUUGAGCAGAGUGGGGGCAAGGACAGGGGUGUGACCAUCCGACCGUCUGUUGUACUGUCUUUAUUUUUUAAAACCACUAAGGUGCAAGGAUCCUUUUGCACUGUUUCACCACCUCCUUUUGUCUUGUAGGUUUUUGUUUCUUGUUUCAAAAACACACUUUCUUGGUUUUCUCCUGGAGUCUGUAGUGUAGACAUUGGCAGACUCUGGCCUCUUUGUUCCUUCUGGGUGGGGAGGGCCCGAGGGGAAGGGGUCUCCAGCCCCCCCUGCACCCACUGGCCCCGCUUCUCUGGUCCCUGGCCACCGCCUGAGCCCCAUCUCCACCACCACCACCACCGUCACACAGUAGCUCCCAUGGAUAGCACCGUUGUCAGACAAGAUUCCCUCAGAUUCCGAGUUGCCUACCGGUUGGUUUUUUUCUUUAAGACAGCAAUAAGCACAGCACAUAUUACUGUAGCUCUCUGUAGUGUUAGGUACAUGCAUACCAUAGCUCUGGUCUCUCUACUUGUUUUUGUUUUCAACUUUAAAACAACAAUAAAUGCUCAUAAUCUUUACUGGUGAAAGGAUGGGAAAAAUAAGCCAAUAAACGAAACCAGUUUGUGAAAAAGCAAAAGGCAGAAAACUAUCACGUGAACGUGGAAGAGCUCAGCUCCUGUUUAGCAUUUUGUACUUAAGGAAAUAAAAAAACCACAAAAAAAACAAAACACCCAGAGGAUCUCACGUUUUAUUAAAAAGUGAAGAUUGCUGUAUGCUAUUUAUUCAACUUAUAAUUUAUGUUACUCCUUGAUCUUUGUCUUUUGUCAUGACAAAGCAUUUAUUUAAUAAAGUUAUGCAUUCAGUUA